AUGUCCCCGUCCACCAUCAACCCCGAGUCCUCCCCCCUCCACACCUACUACUUUUCCAUGGUCGAAAUGAGCAUAAUGAAACUCUUCCUCGACCACAAAAUCUUCACUCUAAUCCCAACCACGCCAGGGGCCUCCAUCCCCGUAACCACCCUAACAACCACCCUUAACGCCUCCCCAUCCCUCCUCACUCGCCUAACCAACUUCCUCAUCGCCUCCGGCGUCCUGUCCUCCCCUCAACCCGGCCACAUUGCACACACCCCGAAAUCCCUCCAAUUCACCGACCCAACCAGCUACCAAGCACUAUUUUUCGCACACAUCUUCGAUUUCUUCCUGGUCCCCGCCGUGAAAUGGCCCGGUUACAUGGCGGAACAUGGCUUGAACGAGCCGACCAGCGCCAGCCGGACGCCCUUCGGCUAUGCGGCGGGGUAUCCCGAUAAGACGCUUUAUGAGAUACUGGAGACGAUGCCGAAGCGGGCGGCUCAGUUCAAUGCUACGAUGGCGGCGUCGUUUCAGCCAAUGCCGGUCUUGGGAAUGUAUGAUUUCUCUUGGAUUGAGAAGCUCGCUGAUGAGGAGCGCAUGGCGAUAGUGGAUGUGGGUGGUGGAAAGGGCCAGGCGUUGAAGGAGAUUCUGGGAGCGUAUCCGGGGAUUCGUCCGGAACAGUGUGUGCUGUUCGACGUGGACGACGUUAUCCGUGAGGCUGUUGCAGAGGCAGAAAGGGACGAUGACGAGACCUGGCGCACAGUGCGCAAAAUUCCCGGCAGCUUUUUCUCCGAGCAACCCGUCAAGGGUGCAGCAGUAUACCACAUCCGGCGAGUCCUGAACGACUGGCCCGAUGAGGACUGCGUGACGAUUCUUCGUCGAAUCAGGGAUGCAGCGGCCCCGAACUCGCGAGUUUUGAUCUCGGAGCAGAUUCUCCAGGAGGAGCCCAGCUUGGCGGUUGCAGCGCUGGAUCUGUGGAUGUUGAACUUUGGGGGCAAGAGGCGCAGCGAGGGCAUGUUUGGGGAGCUUGCGCAGCGGACGGGGUGGAAGGUGAAUGGGGUGUUUCGGGAUAAGGAGUCGGAUACGGGGGUUGUGGAGUUGGUGGUUGCAUAG